AUUCUCACGCCCAAUUCUCAGCUUUUUAACAUCCAAGCGCUUCACCUCGUCGGAGCGCCUACAUUUACAUUUCCUUCGUCCGAUGGCACGAUUCUUAUCCCGAACCCUAAUCCGCGAAUCGCAAUCUGUAGGCCGUGAGCUUUCGCCUUCCAGUCAUUGCUUAGGCUACGUCGGACCCGGCGUUGUCGUGCGGCCGCUGCCUUGGCGCUUCGUGGGCGUUCGCCUGCGCUCUGACCGGCCGGAGGUUGGGCAGCUCAUUGAAGUAGAGCUCGGCCAGGGGACAGACUCUACAAACGUGGAGGUGGAGGUCCUUAGCUUGCGGAGGCUGGAGGACGCGAUCCAGGUACUUGUCAUACAGAAAUCGGCCCCGGCAUGGAUCCCCUUCGUCCCUGGAUCCUCUUACUGGGUUCCUCCGAGGCCUCGCGGCCAUGGCUUCGAACUUGGGGUUAUUGCACGUUCUGAGAAGUCACUCACCGAAGAGGAGGCGCUCUCUCGUACCACCCGACGUGGGUGGCCUUCCUCUUCGUACUUCGUUGAUGGCGUAUUGCCUGAUCAUCAUUCUACAAAGAUUUUUUCUAUGGCUGUAGCUGGAUCAGCAGCACAAUCAGAUGAAGAGGAAUGAUGGCGUUCUGCAUGCACAAGCCGGCAGCUAAGUACAAACCUGGGAGAGCCGCCUCUUUGCUGAAAGUUCUACCAUGUUAACCGUCAAGUAGAAUGUACAGUAUGUAAUAUCAUAACACUGAAAUUUGCAAAAUAUCAUUAAACUUUCAUUAAAAAUAAAUUAGUAGCAGUUACAGUUGUGCGUAUGUUCUCUUGUUAGUCUUUGAUGAGAACGUAACCAUCC